AUGCACACUGUUGAUUUUUUUUUUUUUUUUCUCGUCGUGGUGGUGGUAGGAAGAUUCCAACCAAUCGAAAAAUCGUUAACGUUCUUUCUCAUUUAUGUUAAUUGCCAUAUUGCAUUUCGUGCAAUAAACAUAUAUCAACAACUAGAACGGGUUACAAUGGGUAGAAUUCAUGGAUUUUUAGGUGGUGUUUUAUUGACUUCCACAUUCACUUACUAUACACAACAAUAUAUCAACAAGAACCAACAAUUUAUUUCACAACAUUUACGUCAAUCUGAUUAUAUCAUCAACAAUCGAAUUUUAAGUGAUAAAGAUGCUGAAUUACGUAAGAAUUACAUUCCUGAUUCACAUGUAAAUUAUCAAUCAAGAGUAAGUUUUGCAGAAACUUGUAAAGAUAUUUGGAAUGAAGAAAUUAUAACGAUGGUUAAUUGGUUGUAUAGUAUUAAUUGGUACAAGUUAGGUUUGGACAUUGAUUCUAAAGUUGGUGAAUUGACUACUAAACUUUCGGAAUCAGUAGUGCCAAAUCAUGAAACCAAGAAAUGA